ACUGCCGAAGAAGUAACUGAGAAGUCCGAUGCAGUAGCCGAUCAACUGGCGCUCGCUGCUAGCCAUACUGAGAAAAAUCCACAUAGACGUGGGGGAGCCUACGCGAGUGAUGGUGAAGACUACCCUUAUGGUAACUUAGAGAUGAAUCUGAUUCGACCAGAGAGCGAACCAGUGCACACUCAGAUAACUGCCAAGUACACAGCCAGUCUGAGUGCAGCACGGCCUUAUGAGUCGGGUUCACUUGAGGAUGCCGAGACGGCUGAGGAAUACGUGGCUAAUGCAAUGAAGAUGCAACGAUAUGGAACUCGUCUCCGCGAGCCUAUUCGUAUACUGUCCACUGAAAGCGCGGUACAGAGUCCACCGAGAACGGCGCUACAAUCCAGUGAAGACUCAACGAGCAAUCGAGAGAGUUCCGCACCUGCCAACAUCAAAUACGAAUACUAUAAUGUCCCACAACAACAACAACAGCAGCAGCAGCAGUCGUCACAACAGUUGGAAGAAAAUCAUAGAGCCUUACUGGAGGCACAAAUGCGCGCCCAGUUACAGGCACAAAUUCAGCAAGCACAGCAGCAGGUCGAAAGUCAACAACAGCAGCAGCAAUUGGAACCGCAAACGGAGCGCAGUCAAGCGAUCACCGCUGUAAAUGCGGAUAAUGGUGUAGCGCAGCAGUCGGCACCGACCUACGGCAGAGAACCGGCUACACGCGCCUAUGAGGUAUACGACGACAGCGUGAACUCAUACGAGGCCAAUGGGGAUGGCGGCGGCGCAGCUGAUGGUGAUGGCGUUGAUCGACACUAUCGCACCAAGUAUAUCUUUCAGCCAGCUUAUCCGGGCGCUGGCGUACCGCAGGCCGAGCCUGAGCCAGAGCAGCUGCGUGUAUCUGCCUCAACGGAAAUACCAAAAGCGGAGAUAAUGAAACAAAUCGAAAAAUCGGUGAUGAAGUACAUGAAAGAGCUUGAGGCUGAGGGUAAGAUCGUCACUUCGCCACAAGAAACGAAACCCUACCACAAAACGGUAACACUGCCAGCCCAAGAUAAACAUUUUGGUUCGACAACCGCACGCCCAAAAUACCCAAGCGCGACGCCAUCACACAAUGCGCUCUACGUGAGCGGCGAUAGCGGCAGCGCUGUAUCAUCACCAGCCACGGCCGCACACCGCGCGCCAUCGGCGUCCAGCAUUUCAGGAUAUGCGAGUUCUGCACGCCAUCAUGCACCCAAACAUCAGCUUAAAUCAGCGCAACGCUAUCAGGCAGAAGCUGAGACUGCCUACCGCGCAUCAGCCGGCGGACACCAGUCACAUGAAUUGACCGAGGCCCUCGCACCAAACGUGGAGUUUGUGUAUAAGAUUAAGACACGCGCGCCCCUACAAACAGCCACCGUCAAAACGAUUUCAAAGCCGUAUACACUGCCGCUCAAAGGCAACUUCGAACACUUCGACCACACCGCAGCGCUUAAGAAUCUCGAAGAUUUCGAUCUGUCGCAUGUGGUGACCACACAAGAACCCGAUGAACGCCCAUCCUCAUUGAGCGCCAGUGUGACUGGCAAGCCGAACAAGCUUUACUUCAAUUCGGAAAUAUAUCACGACAUCAACUCGUUACCGUACAAGCCGGAAAAGUCACGGGGACUCUCGGCGGCGGCAGCAGCUGCCGAAUAUCGCAAACUCAAGGCGAGCGGUGAGUUGAAUGGCGACUACAAGGGCUACUCGGGCUACUUUGCUGAACCAGCACCACCGGCUGAGGCAUCAGAUGAAAAAGAAACGAGCGGUAGUGCUAGUGCCAGCGGGCAAGUCUCCGACGAUGGCUACCCACUCAUGAAUCCCUAUCAGUAUGUGCUAAAAAAGGAACCAUUGCCAAGCAAAUAUGAGGAGACGAGCGCCAGUUGGGUUGAGGCGCAUGCUAAACCCGUCUACACGGCACUAACUGCAUCGCAAAAGGGACUGGAAUAUGACAGCUAUAGUCCAAAAUUCAAUAACAAUCCUGAAGGCUAUGGCUACCAGCACUCAUACAAAGUUGAACGGGAACGUGAGCGGGAGCGGGAGCGCGACCGCGAGCGGGAACCCCAACAUAACGGCCACAAGUAUACAGUUAGUAGACCAAAUGGCGCGAGCAGCAAGCGUGGCAAACGCGGCGGGGGCCUGCCAUAUCCCAAUGUUAGUAAGAAGGGCUUACGCGGCGCGGCUGUAAAGGACAUCGAAGCCAAUUUGGCGCUGCGUCCACCACCGAAAAAAUAG